AUGGCUCAUUUUACACGUUUUGUUUCAUUUGAAGAUAAAUUCAAUACAAAUCUAUUUACAUUUAUUCUUCCAAGUACAUUUUUAUUAGGUACAGAAGAAAAAUUAAUAACACGAGAAUUUAUUUGUCGACAUAUACCAUUUGCAUUAACAUUUGUUAAAAAUGGUGAUCAAUUAAAUGCAUUUCUAUUACAUCGUAGUCGUGAUACAGAAAGAAUUGAAAUGACACUUGAUUUAAGUGUUACAUUAUUAUGUCGGGAACAUUUUACACGUAAUGAAACAUUUAUUGAAAAAAAUUGUAAAUUUACAAAUAAAGUUACUUUACAUGGAAGAAAAUCAUUUACAUCAGUUAAUCGUUUAUGUUCAGUUGAUUAUAUGGAUGAACGUGGAAAUAUUCAAUGUGAACUUGAAAUAAAAAAUCUUUCUAUAUCAUAUAUAACAGAUGUACAAUUAACGCCACAAUUAAUUAAUCCUCAAUAUGCACAUGUUAUACAUCCGACAAAUAAUCGACAACCAAUUGAUGCUAAAAUUGAAACACCAUCAUUUUUCUAUUCAAAUUAUGAAUGGUGUGUUGUUAUACAACCAAAACUUGAUAGUGUAGGACAACUUGGACAUUUUCGAAUGUUUAUACAACGUUUAACACCAUGUGAUCAUUCUGUUAAAUUAACAUAUCGUGUUAAAUUAAUAGCUGGAUCUUAUACAUGGGAUCCAUAUCAAGAACGUAAAAUAACUCAUCCACAUGAUAGUAAUACAUAUGAAAUAAAUUAUACUGAUGUACAUGGUUUAUGUCGACCAUAUCGUAUUGAUCGUGUACGAGAAUUACUUCAAGCAGAUGGAAAAUUUACACUUACUGUUGAACUUAAAGAUGCUGUUACUGUCUUCCCAAUAAUUGUUGAUCCAUUUGCACCGAAUCCUAUUCCUGUAUCAUUUCUUGAUAAAGAUCAACAAGCAUGGACUGUUGAAGCUUAUAUUGAAGAACAAUGUUUUAUUAUACGUUUAUAUUAUUCUGAUAUAUUUAAAAUUCCUACUGAUUAUGUUCGUUCAAUAUGUUUUAAUAUAACUGUACGUAAUUAUCGUGAUACAAAAAUAACUACAAGUGUUUUUCCAAAACCUGUAACAAAAUAUUAUUCACAAAAAGAUCAUGAUGAAGGUUUAGAAAUAAGUACAACAUUAGAUGUUGAUGAAUUAACUCAACGUGGUUAUUUAAAUGAACAACAAAGUGUUACAAUUGAAAUAGAAAUAUUUUUUUCUCAUUUAAUGUAUUCACCUGAAUAUACACCAUUAGAUGAUAUUGUUCGUAAACAAAAACAACAAAUUAUGCGUGAAUUACAAACAGCACAAAAUGAAAAUUUUCAAUUAGAAAAAAAAUUACAUGAAAUUCAAAUGUCUAUACAAAAUCCGACUAUGUCUAGUCGUUUAUCUGAUAUUCCUAAUGGACCACAAAGUGGUAUAAGUGCACCAACAACACCAAAUGUUGUUCGAAAAUAUUAUGAAAUGAAAUAUGGUGAUAAAAGUUCAACAAGUAAUCCACCACUAUCAAUGUCAAGUAAUGCUACAAGUUUUGAUGGUAUACAAUCAAAUAUAAAUUCUUUACCUAUUCGUAAUGGUGUUUUAUCUGGUAAAGGACCACCAUCAUCAGCGUCAUCUAUUCCACAACCAAAUGUAACAAUGGGUGCACGUAAUACACCAUUUAAAUUUACAACUAAAUUACCUGAUUCAAUACAAAAUACAAUAGCUAAUACAAGUCAAUCAUUACAAUCAAAAUUACCAACUAGUUUACAAAAAUUACCAGCAAGUUUUACACAAGGACCAACUAUAAAUAUGCUUGCUAAUAAAUUUCAAAAUGCAUUUUUAUAG